UCCAUUGAACAUAGAAAGUAACCUGAAUCGCGUUUACUUACGUUCUACUGUCAGUGAUCACUUUACGUUGCUAAAAUAAAUCGCGACGGUCGCUCUCGUUUUUCUCAGCCGCAAAUGUUCUACCUGUUUAAAAUUUGAUUUCUUGUUGACUUCGUUUGAUGUUGACCAUCUGUCCGCUAGAUCAUUCUGAUUGCUCUCGGUUGUGCAACACUUGGUAGAAAUGUCCUUGAUCUCGUGUUUGUGAGGGCUGAUCCUUGUUAAGUUGCAGUUUUUCUUUGGAUUUUAAACCUUUUUUUCUCCAACUCUUUAAUGCGACAUGUUCAAAUAAUUUUUAAUGUGAAGUGCUAUUUUCAAAUCGGUCGAUAAACCGUGUAAUAGGAUAUUUCUAUAAAUAUUUUAUUAAUUAGGGUUAUCUUCUGCUAAACGAUUGUGGAGGACUUAUAUAUGAGAUUAAUAGUAAUCGUUUAUUGGUUGUCGUGAAACACUUUUUCACAAAGAACAUUGGGUGGCACACGUAAACAAUAGCUCUGAUCCUCUCAGUGAUGGAUUGUGGCAGAUUCUGACCACUUUAGGAGGCAGAGAAGUCACACCCUUUUCAACUAAAUUAAACCAGGUGUUGUCUUUGUACCGAUGUAUCUAACCCGUGUAGAUCUGAAUUUUACUUACGGGUGUUGGAAACCUUUCUCCCCCCUUAAGCUUGGGGUGAUGCUGGGUUUAACAUGUCUAAGAUAUAUGCAUAGCAAUUUUUUUAGUACAGUACCUAGAGAUUGUAAAAUAUUGUAAUAAUAUAGUCAGUCAUGUUUUCCCAGUUUUGUUUGGUUCCCUCUUAAGCGAGUAGGUGCCCCUCCCCACCCAUGCUGGGGCUUUAGGAAUGAAAGGUCUCUUAGUAGAUAGAUUGUAGUAUCUGGUAUAGACAGUUAGGAUACCUAUAUCCAGGGUUGACAUUUCAGAGAUCUGUUUCUUCUGGUUACUUUGUAAAUAAAUGGUCUGAGUUAAAUGUACAUAAAAUAUUAAAAUGUAGCCAUCUAUAAAAUGUUUACGUAUAGAAUACAAGAAGUUGCAGAAUUAGUGAUUGUGAACUGUUCUUGAAUGAAGUAUAGCGCUGGCCCUGACAAGCUGAAAGGUGGGGCAUGAGCCCGUGUUAUCAACAACUGACCAACAUGGCGUCUUGCACUGCAGCUAAAAGACGAGCAUCUCGGAAAAAAACGGCAGUUAAUGUCGUGCAAACAGCCCCAAUAUGUAAACUUCCAGCAAAUAUUAUGUUGCAUGUUUUUAAAUUUCUUGAUAUAAAAACUCUGUGUUCGUCAUCCACUGUUUGUCGCUUGUGGUAUCACCUUGUUUGUGAUCGAACCUUGUGGAAGAUAGUUGAUCUUCGUUCAUGGCCGCUUUCCCUAAGGACUUUGUGGAAAAUCGUCAGGAAUCGAUUGUCAGAUUCAGUUGUGGAGCUUCUAAUAAAAGGAUUUAUCGGAACAACGAAAAAGAAUGAAAACAUUUCGCCCUCUUUGCUUGAAGAGAUCAAGACAAAAUGUCCAAGUCUCGAGACUCUUGGUUUGUGUUAUUGUGAUAUGAGGAACGUUCCUGCUCAGUGUUUACCAAGGAACCUAAAGAGUCUUCUCCUGGACCAUUCCAUCGUACCUCUUGGCUGGUUUGAAGGAUUAAAAUGUGAGCAGUUUUUUCCAAAUCUCUUGGAACUUAAUUUAACAUAUUGCACUCGAGUUGAGAACUCUGAUCUACAAAGUAUAAAGAAGUUGAAAACAUUAGAACGUUUGAAUCUCAGUUACUGCUAUCGUGUUGGAGAUGAAGGUAUACAGCACAUUGCUAGAAAUCUAACCAACCUGACAGAGCUUAAUCUGUCAAAUUGUCCCAAAGUGACAGAUUUAGGACUACACCACAUUGGGCGUCAUUUGACAAUACUAAAGAACUUAAAUUUGUUGUCUGAUUGGAGGAUCACAGAUGCGGGAAUUCUUUCCCUUGUGCACAGUCUAGUAAAUUUGGAAUAUUUGAAUCUAUCAUCGUGUAAGGAAAUAACAAGUGUUAGUCUUUUUGAAAUUACUGAAAAAUGUAAAAAGCUGAAGGUUUUGGAUUUGACAGGUUGUUGUGCUAUUUUGGAAAAGGAUUUGAAGGAUGCACGAAUCAUUUUAUCAAACUGUGUCAUACAGUGGACUUGACAGGUUUGUGUGAAUUAUUCCUGAAAAUAUAACUGCAAGGUGUUCUUCCACUGUUUUUGUCAUGUUCACAGGAUGGAAAGCUUGUACAUUUAAAUUAUAUCAAGCAAAUACAUGUACGUAAGUAGAGAAUAACAUCAGUAUAAAUUAAUCACUACAAAGAGCAGGGAAGCUUCAUUUGUGCCUGAUCAACAACAAAAAAACUGAUAAAUUGGUGCAGAUUUUAGGUGAGAAAUACAUAUUUACCCAAUGACAAGUCAUGCAAGAUUUUGCUGUAGUGGUAAUUUACAUGCAAUUCACCUUCUGAGACAUUCAGUAAAUCAUAGGAACUAACACUGUUUCAUGCAUUAGAUUUUGAUGUAAGUGGCCAAAACUUGGAAAUCAAAACUAUGGAAUUUAUAAUAUAGAUAAGGAAAUUAGAGAAAAGUAAUAGUUACCUUUUCUGAUUUACACCUCAUUCUUCAAUGUGGUCUUGUUAUCUCCCACAAGAUUUUGUUGCAACAACCGCAAUACAUGACCAUCAAGUUUUUUUUUUAAUUAGAAAAUGAGUAAGUGGGUUGUUUUUCAAGCCAAACAUUCAGUAGAAUGGGAAUAAUAGAAUGGGAAAAUAACUUGACUGUAUGUUUGUUUAAAUGAAAAUGUUCUGUAAGAGUAGGGUUUUCUUUAAACCAAAACUAAUUUAAUAGCUGUAGGUUUCUCACUGUAAACAUGUCACUGAACUUUUUGUUUAAACUGAGUUAAUUACUUUGUAGUUUGUAUUAGAUGUGUUAAUUGCUCUUAGUCAAUAGUUUGAAAAUUCUUGGAGUUAACCCUUUAACUCCCAGAUCACAUUUGUAAUUCUCCUUACUGUCAACCAUACAAUUCUUAUGAUGUUAGUUCAGAGAAUCUAGUAUUGGAUAAACUGAUUAUCCCCAAAUUGAUAUUUUUCUUUAUUCUCAUAACUUAUCUGGUUGAUAUUGUAUUGAUAUUGUAAGGAGAAAUUCUGUCUUGGUCACAUGGGAGUUAAAGGCUUAAUUGGUACUCCUCAGUUUUUUGUGUAAAUGUUGUAAAUGAAGACAUGUUUUAUGCAAAUGUGAAUUGUUGAGCCACAACUGCAGCCUUUGCUAACCAAAUGAAUAAUUGACCCAAUUGCUUGGUCAGUUAUCACAUGUCUAAAAAUUUUCCAUGAAACAUUUUCCUUCUUGAGCCAACCAGUUUCAUUUCUUUGUUUCAGCUCAUAAAUGGAAUA